GAAACGGACGCCAGCGCUGCGCCGCGCCUGGCCGCAGGCUCAGGAGCCUGGUGAUCUCAGCCUCUCCAAGCCCCACAGGCCGGGAUCGGACGCCACUCGCUCGCCGGAGCCCUUCGUCCCAACUCUUGUGAAAGUUCUCCACCCGGGCGGCAGAAUCUGCCGCCGUCAGCCGCUCCCCCGCGCGCCGGACCUGAUCUUGAACUCCGCGGCGCGCGUCCCGGGUCCACCUUGCGCCGCCCCGUGCGCAGGCGAGGAGCAGCUGCCGGGAAACCCUAUGAACUCUCGAGAAAGGGCGUGACGAAGGGUCCUGCGGGUCGCGGUCCCGAAAGCCCGGAUCUCCUUCGGUGGAGCUUGAGGGCAACAACGCAGAGGAGCGCUGGAGGAUGAGUGUGCGGCCUCUGGGAAUCUCCACACGGUAAUGCCAGCAUGAUGUUUGACACUCUCGGGAAGAGGUGCUGCCCUUGGAGACUGAAGCCAAGCGCCCUGCUGUUCCUGUUUGUUUUAUGUGUUACCUGUGUUCCUCUCUCAGUGUGCGGAUGUGGCAGCUGCAGACUUGUCCUGUCCAAUCCUUCGGGUACCUUUACUUCUCCGUGUUACCCUAAUGACUACCCUAAUACCCAGUCUUGUUCGUGGACCCUCCGAGCUCCUGCUGGCUACAUCAUUCAGAUAACGUUCAAUGACUUCGACAUUGAAGAAGCUCCCAACUGUAUCUAUGACUCAUUGUCCCUCGAUAAUGGAGAAAGCCAGACAAAAUUCUGUGGAGCGACUGCCAAGGGCCUGUCAUUUAACUCCAGCGUGAAUGAGAUGCAUGUGUCUUUUUCAAGUGACUUUAGUAUCCAGAAGAAAGGUUUCAACGCCAGCUACAUCAGAGUUGCUGUGUCCUUGAGGAAUCAAAAGGUCAUUUUGCCCCAGACAUUAGAUGCUUACCAGGUAUCAGUUGCAAAAAGCAUCUCCAUUCCAGAACUCAAAGCUUUCACACUCUGUUUUGAAGCCUCCAAAGUUGGCAAUGAAGAUGAUGACUGGACAGCUUUCUCCUACUCAGACGAGUCCCUUACACAGUCGCUCAGUCUUGAAAAGGCCAGCAAUGGCUACUUCCUGUCCAUUUCUGGCUCAAGAUGCUUGUUGAACAGUGCAUUACCUGUGAAAGAAAAAGAGGACAUCUUCACAGAAAAUUUGGAGCAGCUCUGUCUUGUGUGGAAUAAUUCUUGGGGCUCCAUUGGUAUAAAUUUCAAAAAGAACUAUGAAACAGUUCCAUGUGAUUCCACCAUCAGUGCUGUCGUGCCCGGGGAUGGGACAUUGCUGUUGGGCUCCGACAGAGAAGAGAUCGCCUCUCUAAAGGGCAGCAUCUAUAACUUUCGACUUUGGAAUUUUACCAUGGAUCUGAAAUCCCUCUCCAACCUCAGCUGUAGUGUGUCUGGGAAUGUCAUAGACUGGCACAAUGACUUUUGGAGCAUCUCAACCCAAGCUCUGAAAGCUGAGAGCAACCUGAGCUGUGGUUCCUACCUGAUCCAGCUUCCUGCAGCAGAGCUGACAAACUGUUCAGAACUUGGGACUCUCUGUCAAGACGGAAUAAAGUAUCGAAUAUCUGUUGUGAUUCACAAUGACUUUAAUCACCCUGAAGUAAAAGUGCAGACCAAAGUAGCAGAAUGGCUCAAUUCAACCUUUCAGAAUUGGAACUACACUGUUUAUGUGGUUAAUAUAAGUUUUCACCAAAAAGUAGGAGAGGACAGGAUGAAAGUCAAGAGAGACAUCAUGGACGAUGACAAAAGGUUGGUGCUCUGGGCUCUUCUAGUCUACAAUGCUACCAAUAACGUCAGCCUGAAUGAAGAGAAGAUUAAACAAAAGCUUAUGACAAACAAUGCAUCACUAGAGGAUGGACUGAGGCUGUGUGAAGUCGACGUGAACCAGCUGGGUAUGUGUAGCGCCUUGGAGGAUCCAGACGGCUUUAGUUGGCCAGCCACCUUACCCUCUGUCUACAAACAACCAUGUCCAAACAAGCCUGGCUUUUUUAUGACUCGAGCGUGCCUUUCUAAUGGAACAUCAACCUUCUGGGGCCCUGUCGACACUUCCAACUGUUCAAGACAACCAAAUAAAGUGGCCAAUGAGAUUUUAAACCUAACUGGUGAUGGGCAGAACCUCACCUCGGCUAAUAUCAGCAGCAUUGUAGAACAGGUCAAACGGAUUGUGAACAAAGAAGAAAACAUUGACAUCACCCUCGGCUCCACUCUAAUGAAUAUAUUUUCUAAUAUCUUAAGCAGUUCAGAUAGCGAUUUGCUUGAGUCUUCUACUGAAGCGUUAAAAACAAUUGACGAGCUAGCCUUCAAAAUAGACCUGAAUAGCACCCCACAUGUGAACAUUGAGACACAGAAUUUGGCCCUUGGAGUCUCAUCCUUAAUUCCAGGAACAAAUGCACCUUCAAAUUUUAGCAUUGGCCUUCCAAGCAAUAAUGAAUCGUAUUUCCAGAUGGACUUCGAGAAUGGACAGGCAGAUCCACUGGCAUCUGUGAUUUUGCCUCCAAAUUUGCUUGAGAAUUUAAGUCCCGAAGAUUCUGUAUUGGUCAGGAGAGCACAGUUCACUUUCUUCAACAAAACCGGCCUUUUCCAGGAUGUUGGAUCUCAAAGAAAAGUCCUCGUGAGUUAUGUGAUGGCGUGCAGCAUUGGAAACAUUACUAUCCAGAAUCUGAAAGAUCCGGUUCAAAUCAAAAUCAAACACACCAGAACACAGGAAGUGCAUCAUCCUAUCUGUGCCUUCUGGGAUAUGAACAAAAACAAAAGUUUCGGCGGGUGGAACACCUCAGGAUGUGUUGCCCACUCUGAUUUGGAUGCUGGUGAGACCAUCUGUCUGUGCAGCCACUUCACUCACUUUGGAGUUCUGAUGGAUCUUCCAAGGAGUGCCUCACAAAUAGAUGGAAGAAACACAAAAGUCCUCACGUUCAUUACCUAUAUUGGGUGCGGAAUAUCUGCCAUUUUCUCAGCUGCAACUCUCCUGACAUACGUUGCUUUUGAGAAGCUGCGCAGGGAUUAUCCCUCCCGAAUCCUGAUGAACCUGAGUUCAGCCCUGCUCUUCCUGAAUCUCAUCUUCCUCCUGGAUGGCUGGAUCACUUCCUUUGGUGUGGCUGGACUCUGCACGGCUGUGGCUGCUCUGUUGCAUUUCUUCCUCCUGGCUACCUUCACCUGGAUGGGGCUGGAAGCCAUCCACAUGUACAUUGCUCUUGUGAAAGUGUUUAACACUUACAUCCACCGGUAUAUUCUAAAAUUCUGCAUCAUAGGCUGGGGUCUGCCAGCCUUGGUGGUGUCAAUUAUUCUAGUGAGCAGAAGACAAAGUGAAGUGUAUGGAAAAGAAAGUUAUGGGAAAGAUCAGGAUGAUGAAUUCUGCUGGAUUCAGGAUCCUGUGGUGUUUUAUGUAAGCUGUGCCGGAUACUUCGGAAUCAUGUUCUUCCUGAAUGUCGCCAUGUUCAUUGUGGUCAUGGUGCAGAUCUGUGGGAGGAAUGGAAAGAGAAGCAACCGGACCCUGAGAGAAGAGGUUUUAAGAAACCUGCGCAGUGUGGUCAGCCUGACCUUCCUGCUGGGCAUGACGUGGGGGUUUGCUUUCUUUGCCUGGGGACCCUUAAAUAUUCCUUUCAUGUACCUCUUCUCCAUCUUCAACUCAUUACAAGGUUUAUUUAUAUUCAUCUUCCACUGUGCAAUGAAGGAGAAUGUUCAGAAACAGUGGAGGCGUCAUCUCUGCUGCGGCAGGUUUCGGCUAGCAGACAACUCAGAUUGGAGUAAGACAGCUACCAAUAUCAUCAAGAAGAGCUCCGAUAACCUGGGGAAAUCUUUGUCUUCAAGCUCCAUUGGCUCCAAUUCAACAUAUCUCACAUCCAAAUCAAAGUCCAGCUCCACUACCUAUUUCAAAAGAAACAGCCACUCGGAUAAUUUCUCCUAAGAGAAUUCCUUCAACAAAAGUGGAUCACUCAGACAGCACUUCCACGGACAAGUCCCUGUCAAAACUGACCCAUGCUGGUGGAGAACAGACAUCAAUCAUUCCCGUCCAUCAGGUUAUUGAUAAGGUCAAGGGUUACUGUAAUGCCCAUUCCGAUAACUUCUAUAAAAAUAUCAUCCUGUCAGAUGCCUUCAGCCACAGCACAAAGUUUUAAUGUCAUUGAGAGGGGAAACAAAGGGAAAAGAAAGCCUGUCUGGAGAAGUGAGAUGCCCAACAAGCACUGAAAGCUACACCGGUGGAAUGUCAGUGUGCUGCUCUGUAGGGAACUGCAGAGCUUAGAGGACUGACUGCAUCUUGUUAGGGAAGCAUCUUUGAGAUGCAGAAUUCAUCUGUUUUGGAAUACUUCCAUGGUGGCACUCAGUCAUCACACUUCAAGAACUGAGAACACUCUGAGCCCGGCAAGGAUACAGGACUUCUUAGAAUGUAAUUGAAUCAAACUCAUCAGAAUUGGGGGAAAGGCAUUAAAAUUAUAGGCCUUGAGAGGAGAACCCCAAGAAGAAAUUUGAGUUUAGCUCUCAUAUACCACACCUCAUAGUUAGGCUUGGCAGUGGCCUGACUCUUGUAAAGACAAUGUAGAAAACACACUAAUUACUGUUUGUAGUGUCUUUGGAUGCUCACGGGUUCUGUUCCAGUGCUAUUUUCUAUGAAUAUAGCAGCAUAGUUUCCUUUUUCAGUGAAAUUUCAACCAUAAGUAGAAAAGAAUGUUUAGUAUUUGACCCACAUAUUAAACAUGCUUUUUUUUCUCUAUUAUGGCAAAUAUUGAAUGUUCAUGAACAUAACUUGCUAAACAAGUAUUCCAAAAAUUCGAUCUAGUCAAUACGUUGUGUGAAUUUCUAGUAUCUCAAGACAUGCAGCCUAAGCAUCUCCAUUAUCCCGUGCACAUAAAUCAAUCCAGUUGAAUAUGGACAUUAUGUUCAAGUGGGCCUCCUGGAACUUAAGAACAAGCACCUCUCCUGUCCCCUUCCAUGUGCACAUAGGUCCAUAGGCUUGUUAGAGGGAUGAGAAUUCCCAUUAAGCACCCCAUUCAAUGGCCUCUCACUGUUUAAAGAACACACUUUUGAGAUUAUGUGGUCCUAUCCUUGUUUUAAUGAUUUUUAAAAAACAAAAAAAGACAUUCCAAAUCACAUAAACUUCAGAGGCCUCUGGCUCCCUCUAGUGACAAGUUUGUUCCAAGGAACAUACACUGAAACAUACAGCUGUCUAGGUUAAUGAAAGUCAUUUAUAAAUGUGUAGGUCUACAACUGCUAGUCUAAAAACUGUUUGCACCGAACCCUCUGAUCAGAGUGGAUGCGACCCUAGGAGGGCUGGCAGGAUUUGCUACUCUAGUGGAACAUGCAUGGAUCAGACUGUGGCAUACAAGUCGUGCAGAACGUGAAGCAGCUUACCUAAGUCUUAAACUAUCCUAAGCAAUGUGUGCUUGCCUGUUAGUGAGGGUCUAGGUUGAGCCCAAGUGGUGGAGUCCUAUUCAUGGGCCUCAGUGCAUGCUGGCUUUAGCCCCGUGCUCAGCGUUCUCUGGGAAGUUUCAGGUUUCCAAGAUAGCGCAGUGACGACAGAGGGAGAUUUUAGCAGAGCCAGCCUGCUAGAAGGCAGGAGCAGCCAGAAUGGAACAUCUGUGCAGAAAGUAGGCCAUUCUCAGCUAGGAUGUAGAAGAACUUGCAGGCUUUGAAACAGCCAACAGGUCCCCUUAGCUCUCUGAGUGUCAGUCACAAAGCUAUACACCAGGCUGCAAAGGAUGUCAAUAGCAUGUGGCAAUGGGGGUAGUUAUUGCCAUUCAUUCUUUAGCAACCUGGACUGCCAUCUUGGCAGACCUGAACCUUUGCUAGGCUGGGCCUGAUUUUCACAAAGGAAGAGGCCAUGUAGGAGAAAGGGAUAGUGAUUUAGUCUUAAGGUGACUAAGAUUCAACUCAGCAGAGCCAAUCUUUUUGGGGGGAUGGGAGGGGGACUUAUAUUAGCAGGCUGCUCAUUGUACCACAGGAUACAUAUAGGUAGAAUAUAAUCUCAAUAGACGCUGACUAUUGAUAUACACCCCCCAAACUUAAGGUGUUCAUGGUAGAUUUUAAUUAGCUGUGAGAUUUCUGCACAAAGUGAAUAUUUAGCUAAUAGAAAUUAUGAUUUUGUUUCAAAUGUGGCAUUUUUUGUUUUAUUUUUCUUACCAGCAUUCAGAUCUAAGAAAGAUCUUUUUUUAUUUUUUCAUAUUUGGCAAUGAUGUCAGCUCCAUUUUAAAAAUCUCCAAUAACCAGGUAAGAAAAGAAAGAAAAAAAAAUGAAGAAACAACAGGCCAGACAUAUUUGCAAGUGGAUUUAAACGACUGGUCCAAAUUUUGCCUUCAGUUACAAGUCUGUGGCUCUCAUUUGCCUCCUCAGAAGAGUGGUACAGGGCUCCAUGGGAGACCCAGAGUUCAGGCUACACACAGCUGUAAAACAGCCCCAAUCCAGACUCUGGCUAUUUGCUUCCCACCCUCUCCUUUCACUGUGAUGUGUUCCAGGUUUAGCCUAGGGUCCAUUCUUGUCACUGUUUCUUACUGUGUAGAGUGCCUUUGGCAAUGUCUCUUCUGUACAUAUUUAUUUAUUUGUGUUCACGUCAGUUUGUUUAUAUCUUAGCUUUCUUUCACCCAGCUUUGUUGUUUUAAUUAACCGCCCAUUAGAGAGACUGUACUUUUUUCUAGAAAAAAAAAUUGUGAAACAGUUUUCUGUACUGAUAUUGUUGACUAUGACAGGUAAAGCAACUGUGAGGGCGAACUAGAAUUAGUAGUGAGAAACUGCUAAAGCUGAUUUGCCAUUUUACUGAAAUGGAAAAUGAUUUUUUUCAAAUAAAUACUUAUAUUGUU